GGCUGAUUUAUAUGGUCGAAGCGGCUGGAGAUGGGCUCCCUGCAAUGAAAGCACUUUCCUUAACGCUGCGAAUAGUGUUGCUUUUGCUUUUUAAACCGUGGAAUAGGUUUGCUCGCGCACUGCUUUCCAACCUCUUCACACCACCACCCCCCCUUUCCCCCAAAAGCUGUCACGUUUGUUGAAGUGAUCACAACAGGACAGCCUGGGCCAUUUCCAACUUUGGGCGCCUUCCUACCGGCGUUUUAAAGUAAUUUGAGUGGGGAUGGUUCUGAAGAAGAAGAAAGACAUCGACGUUGGUCGAAUUGUUCUCGAUGAGCACAAACUAGCGAGGUUGAGAUUAACUGGUGAGGAGAAUGGUCUUGGGAUUCUCCUGCUGGAAUGUGCAGAGCUCAAUGAUGGAAUACAACAACUGCAAUUACUAAAGAAGAUUGGUUCUUUGUUACGAAAACUAGGUAGAGACUCUGUGCAUAAUCCACAGAUUGACAUCUGUUUGGAAAUAUUGGUUAGAAUUUAUUGGGGUCUGGAAUCCAGAAGCCCCUUGAAAAGAGCAACAGCAAGCGCACUAAGCGGCAUUUCUGAAAACCUUGAGGAAGAAGUGGUUAACUGUCUCGUCAAUUGCCUGAGGGAAGAAUUGUUGACAGUGGAUAAACCUCAUGUUAGGAAGGUGAUUGAUUCCAUUGCAGCAUGUAUGGAGAAUUUUAGCCUAGGUGAAAAGUGCGUGCAGUGUCUUUAUCUGGAGGUUCUUCAGUUUCUGCAUACCACAUUGGUGGAUUUUAAGCUGCAAAAUAAGAACCUUGGCGGACAACACAUUCUGCAAAACAAGCUGAUGCAUGAUUCACUGGUAGCCAUGAAGGCCACAAUGGUCCUUGUACAAAAGGUUCAAGAGAAAAUACAUGACAUUUUCUGUAAAAAUGCUGAGCCACGUCUCUGGGAAGCUAUGUGUGGGCUACUCACAUGCUUUAUUGAAAUACUCCUAGAUGGAGAUUUCUUACAGAUCGUUCAGAGUACAGCAGGGAUGGCCGCACUUCUGUUUAUCAAGACUAUUGUGGACUGUGAUGAACUCUUGCCAAAGCUGGUUCAUGAUCUGCUUUUUAACUCCAUGCAAAGAGCUCAUGAUGUACCAGGAUGGUUAAUUCAGAGUUGCGGGCAACUUUACAAUGCUGUACCUCCUGAUGAUGCAGUUCUUUUCCUAAGCCAGGGGUCUCUGGCAAUGUUGGACUGGAGAAGUGGAAGAAUGAGAGAUAGUGGUGAACAUCUACUAUUAGACAUAUUGACUGUUCUCCUGUCACUUAACACACGCUUAAAGGAAUCAAGUAUGGCAAUGUCAGUUUCCAGGAUUCUGAGUCUUUGGACCACUUCUGCACUAGAUGCCCUCCAUUCAGACUCGUGCUCUCAGUAUCUGAAAAAUUCUCUGAAUGGAAACUCUGAAGCGAUUCAGAAGCUGCUGGGAUACAUAUGGACACAUUGGGAACAUCCUUUGGAUGGUGUGAGACAUCAGACUAAAACUAUAUUUAAAAACAUUUUAAAAAUUCACCAGAAGACCAUUGAUGGUUCCUGUGGAAUGACAGAUCCUUUCUUCUUAAAUAUGACACACAGCUUGUUGAGUCUGGAAUGGCACAUCAAAGGAAAAUACAUCUCACUCAGUUGUUUAGUGGAAUAUCUGGGGACUGAAUAUAUACUAACUGUGGAUGACUCUGUUCCAAAACAAGUUCUAGGAGUAAUGCUUGAGCAAUCUCUAGCAACAUAUGCAAGUGACCUAUUGGAAAAAAUGUUUAUGAGUCAUAAGAAUCAGUUGAUGUCUUCAUCCCAGUCUAGUAAUUGGAUUAAACAAUGGCAUGAAAUUUGGGUAUCUCCAUUUCUUGCGACAUUGUGUGAGGAAAAACCCAGCCGAACAACUUACCUUAUUGAAUACUAUCUUCCCAAACUAUUGAAAUGCAAUCCUGACAGCGUGACUUAUAUGAUCAAAGAGCUUCAGUCUUCAGACAAGGCCAGCAACAUUGGGCCUUUCAACAGCAGAGGUGCUCUUGGAGCACUGAUGACUUGCUUGAGAGCAGCUAGAGCUCAAGGAUUGUGGAGCACUGCUGAGGAAUUUGCAUGGAACCAACUGAUACCUAUUAGCCUAAUAAAGCAGGCUUUGGUUCAUAAGCAUGAACAGGUCCGUCUAGAUGCUUUGGGUUUGGUAUGUGAGACACACCGCAGUACAGAAACUCUAUCCCAGCAAGAAAUAGCUUUAAUAAAAUUUUUCCUUCCAUAUAACCUGAACAGUCAGACUCCUGCGAUGAGACAGCAGAUUGUGUGGUUAAUGAGAAAGCUCUUCUCUAGGCUACGGGACAGCUCCCAAGUGCUUUAUAAGCAAACUCAGACUGUUAAUAGGCAGAAGAAUAUUCUCUAUGAAGAAAAAUCAAAAUCUCAACAUCCAGAAGCUAAGCUCCAACAGUACAAGGAUUUUAUGGUCUGGGUAUGUGACAGACUUUUGCAAGCUCUGAUUCCAGGUGCUUCAUUUCCAAGGAAAUUCAUUGUCUUGAAUCUCUUAGGAAUAAUUGCUGACGUUUUUGAAAAUUUUGAGGGUCAGACCUACAGAGUGAUGCAAAUGACUGAAGUCUUGCAGCCAGCCUAUAUUGACUCUUUACUAGCGUGUUUGAACAGCACCUUUGAAGAGUUGAAGUUAUUAGCCUAUGACUUUUUGAAGAAACUUCCAGCUACUAUUUUAGGUUUGCAGGAUGGUGAGAAAUUGCAAACGCUUUUGCAGACUGCUUUGGCUCUUUCAACCAGUACCAAACCUUAUGACUGCAUCACUGCUUCAUACAUCCUGGCUCUUCUGGUACAGCAAGAAGGCUUUUUGUCAGCUUUACGCGCUUGUUCUUUAAUUCAACAAACUAGUUACCAGUUUGAUGACUUCAGCAAGAUUCAUGGAAAACAACCUGCAGAUAAGGAAAUCCUAGAAACCAAUAUUUUAGAAGUUAUUAAAUUCCUGCUGAACUGUCUGUCAGAUGAGAUCAGGCAGGCCGAAAGAUCACUGGUGCACACGGCAGCUACCAAUCCCUUAUAUGGAAGAGUUCAUUGCAUCAUUGGAGCUCUGCAACAACUGUCUCUAAAGUCAGUGUCAAAAAUAGCAGAGUGGAGGGAGACCGUAGCAGAGCUAAUUUUAAUGGCCUUCCAUCUAUCUGCAGUAGUUUCUCCUAUUUGUCAAAGUUCCUCACCAGAAGGCCUAAUUCCAAUGGAUACAGACCUUGAGACUGCUGAAAAUCUACAGAGAAUUCUAAAUGAAAUAAAACCACGGGACACAAAUGAUUAUUUUGCACAAGCAAAACUGCUGAAAACUGAUGAAGACCGAGAAUCGAGCAAAAAUAUGUCUGAAGAUUGCAAACCCUUUGAAAAUUUGAGCAUGGCAAUGACAGAUCAGACAGGCCAAUCUUGCCAGGUUACUGCCCAGAUGGUUCUUGUAUGUUGCUGGAGAAGUAUGAAGGAAAUAUCGUUGCUCUUAGGCUUACUGUGUCAAAAUUUGCCUCUUCAGUCAACACCUGACUCAAAGGAUGGGCUACUGACAUUCAACCAGGUUGGAGAAAUUGGAGAGUACUUUAAAUGCCAGCUUCUACAAUCUAGACAUAGAGGUGCAUUUGAAUUAGCAUAUGUCGGAUUUGUAAAGCUCACUGAAAUGCUUACCGGCUGUAAUAAUAGUGAUUUGCAGAAAUUGCCUCAGCAGUGGCUAGAAGAAGUUCUACAGGAAAUUAAAUCCAGUUCCCCUGCAUCCAAACUGUGUGCCACCCGACGUAGUGCCGGAAUCCCAUUUUACAUUCAGGCCUUGGUGUCUUCGGAACCUAGGAGUUCCAACUUGGGUUUUCUGAAACUGGCAAUGAAGGAACUGAUCUCACUUGCUCUACCAUUAGUGACGUGCCAGGAUGAACCUGCCACCAUUCCACAGGUGCACGCUUUGAAUAUCUUGAGAGCUCUUUUUAGAGACACCAGAUUGGGUGAAAAUGUCAUUCCUUAUGUGGCAGAUGGAAUACAAGCAGCCAUUCUUGGGUUUACAUCUCCUAUAUGGGCAGUACGAAAUUCUUCCACAUUAUUGUUUAGCGCACUGAUUACCAGGGUAUUUGGAGUCAAAAGAGGAAAAGAUGAACAUUCCAAGAAAAACAGGAUGACAGGUAGAGAAUUCUUUACUCGUUUUCCUACACUUUACCCCUUCCUCCUAAAACAACUGGAGAUGGUGGCAAACACAAUGGACAGUGAUUCUGGUGUGCUAAAGCUCCAUCCUAACCUAUUCUUGUUGCUGCUUGUUCUGGGUCGGCUAUAUCCAUCACCCUUGGAUGGCACGUGCUCAGCUCUCAGCCUGGCACCCUUUGUGCCUUUCAUCAUAAGGUGUGGUCACUCGCCUGUGCACCGAUCCCGUGAGAUGGCAGCUCGAGCCCUAGUUCCUUUUGUUGCAGUGGAUCAUAUACUUCCUAUGGCACAGUCCUUGCUGGAAACCUUACCUGCACCCACUGACCUAUAUAUACAACAGAACCAAAUCCAUGGGACGCUGCUGCAGGCACUUCAUUUACUGAGAUCCUACUUUGAAUCCAAACAAAGAACCAAUUCAAGUCUUCACCAAGAGCUGCAUGACAUCAUUGGCUGCACCAGAGCCAAAAUAUGGUUGGCAACAAGGCAGAACCCUUGUUUGCUGACCAGAGCAACUUUCUUCGAUGUCAUCAAUAUCCUUUGCCAUUAUUUAGAUAAGUCAAAAACAAUAGACCCAGAGAUCCUAAACUUCUGGCAGACCACCCACCACAUUAUAUUGGAGUCAGAACUAUUUACAGAUGAGCAAAAGUUUUUUCCAGUACCUGGCUUAAUUCAGUGGCAAAGAAACAUCACCAAACUAACAUUGUCAGUGCUGGCAAUAUCAGUUUCUCUACAGACAGUGUCAUUGUCACCGGGUAAUAUCCAUGAGUUGACUUCUAGAACUGAAGUUCAAUCCAGCCUGUUCCUUUCUCAUCUCCUACAUUCAGAAUUUCUUGAAGUACGUUUGCUGACCCUGGAGACAGUGUUGUUGUGGCUGGAGGAGAUGGAUUCCAACCAGGUCAGGGAGACAAAUGGGAAUGUACUGUUCCUGUUAUCACAAGUUGAGGACACUCUGAAAAAGCUAGCUGUGCAAGAAAAACACCCAGAAUGUCUUGCCAAGGUCCUGAAAAUAUUGUGCUAUCUAAAUAUAGAGACACUUUUUCCCUGGACAGUGAGUACAUCAGUGAUGACUGAGGCCAAACUUCUCAAGUGGAUCUUGUCAAUAGCAGAAACCAUAAAAAACAGCAUUGAGAUGCAAAGUGUUACACUCACAUUGGCUUCAAAGCUGGUGAUCCGUCUAGUGCUGAAGAAGCAGGAGAAAUCCUUGAAUUCCAUAACUCAAGAUCUCAAACAGUGGGUUCAUUUAGUUGCACAGAGUUGUGGAGUAGAGCAGCAGACAGAAAUCCGAUUGACAGCUGCAAAAGUCCUCAUUGAUGCUGCCCCAUCUUUGCUUGCCAAUAAACAACUUUAUUUUGAUCUUCUGGAUACUUUAACACUGUGGAAAUGUAUUUUCACCCUUCUACAAGAUGAAGAACAAGUGGUGAGGGACAAGGCCACAAACAUUAUACAGAUGAUUCCACCUUCUCUGGAGGCUUGUAAAGAAGAUGGUAUUUUGUUUUCUGUCGUUAAUCCGUCUCUGGCUAUGGAUCUUGGCCUUGGUGUGCUGUGCGAACUUAUACAGAUCUGGAACCAAACUUCUCGCGGAAUUGUAACACUAAUUGAGUGGAUGCUGGGAGAAGAGGAUAUGGAAGAAGAUGAAAUGAAUGAAGAUCUGGGGGAAUAUGACAUGCUUUUUGAUAAAGGCGAAUUUAACCUUUGGGCAGAGAAGAUUACUUUUGCCAAUCUACUCCGGAAGCAUCUCUCGGCCCUCAUUUCCCAGUCACAUGCAGUUGCAGACAAUGAAUUGGAACUCCACCGGUUAACAAUGAUGGCUGCCAACCAAGCCCAGCAUGUAGCCUGGCUCUUAAAGGGCCUACCUCCUGCACCAGAAUUUUCUAGAACAGCAGACCACACAAGGCUAAGCAUUCAAAAAGUGAGGCUUUUGAAUAUAUCCCAGCUACUGAGGCUGUUUGGAAUGGGUGCUGUUAUUGCAGAACAUUUCUGAAAUGGAAUGAUCUCAUUAUUUGACUUGGCCAGAAAAUGAGGAAAAACAGAUCAGCUGAAGCAAACUCAUGACAAAGAGAGGCUUGUUGUGACUUGAAAAAACUGUAUCCCAUAAAUUUGUGUAUCUUACCACAUGAAGAUUUUUGUGCCAACAGUAAUUACAUGACAGCUAUUUCCUCCUUUCACUGUUGAACACUGGAUUAUUUUGGCAGCAAAAGUGAACUUUUGUUCAUCGCUUAAGUAAUGGUAUAUGCACACACCUGUAAUCCAGAAUUACAAAUUAUAACUAGGACAAGGGAAAAGUAUGGAUCAUUGUUCAUUCAAGUGUUCUAAGUAAUAUUUGAACCAAAUAAAAUUGAAAUGUAAUUU